AUGCAAAAUGUUUAUCUAAAAUUUGAGCCUAUCUGCGAAGAAUCUAUUGAAAAAAUCAAGGAUGGAAGUCGUGUAUUAGCAAUAACUGUUGCAAAUGACAAAACAAAUAGCUGUAAAAUCAUUUUUUCGAGCAGUAAUGGUUAUUUAUUCAUUGGUGAUAUACUUGCGACAAGAAAACUUAUCACCAUUAAAUUUGAUAAUCCUGUUCAAAGCAUUUCUUGCAAUCGUUCUGGUGAUCUCAUCCUUAUUACAUUUUUCAAUAAAGAAAUCGCGAUAUAUGAUAUAGAUGCCAUUUAUUCUUUAUUCAAAUCAUCAGAUAUUAUGAAAGCACAAGAAAUUAAUUUAGCCCGAUUGUUUUAUUACGCUAAACAUUCAUCAGAUAUUACUUAUGCAGCAAUUAACUCAGAAAUAACUAAGAAAGACAAAGUAUCAUUUGCUUUUUCAGAUAGCGCAGGAAAUAUAUGCACAUAUUAUCAGCAAUUGUUUAUUGGAGGAACAACAACAAUUAUUUCGACAAAUGAGCCUGGUGUUACAAAUAUAAAGUGGGAUCAUAACACUAUAGUGUGGUCCACUUCAUUGUCUAUCGGAUCUUACGAUGUUUACACUAAAACAAAAAAUUUGAUUUUUAGUUCAACAUCUUCAAAGCCAUCCUUCUCAACAACUACGAAUUUUACAUUUCUCAAUCAGAAAACUCUUUGUUCCUCGUUCGGAACUUACUUUUUACAAACUAAUUUCGAUCCAUUUAAUACAAUGACGAUAAAUACGGGAUUCCCGAUAGUUUCAAUGGCCAUUUCAUCACUAUCAACACUCCAAAUUGUCAAGAAAGACGAGAAAAUGAUUUUCCUUAUUGAUAAUCCAAGUUAUUUCGCAGAUGAAAAAUUACCUUUAGAAUUUGACCAAAUACAUUCAAACCCAACAAUCCUCGCAACCAAUAGACCAGAAGUAUUCGUUUGCGAAGUGAAUGGACAGAUAUUUUCGGUCACAUUUCUGUCAUGGGCCGAAAGAUUACUAAAUACUAAGACAUGCGAGUCAGAUUUCGAAUUAAUAUGCGAACAGAUCGAUAAAAUGACUCCUUUCCCGUCAGAUGAAGAAAGAUUGAGCACGAUUUUCACAACAAUAAAUCAUUUUCUUCAAAUUAACUCAACGGAGUACGCUUUGAAGAUCUGUAUGAAGAAUCUACACUAUGAUGAUGCAGAAGAAUGGGAUUCUGCCAUAGAAGAGUUCGACAAAUUCGGCAGAAUUCAAGAUAUUUUGAGAAUUGUCCCUGUUGACGAAUUAAGAGAGAAAACGCCAAGGGUAUGUGAUAUACUUCUCAGUCUCAUUGAUACUGAUAUGGAAAGAUUCUUCCAUGUUUUCGAAAUUUUAUUUUCAGGAGAUAUCUCAAAAGAAGUUUUCUCUAAACUGCAAAAGAUCGAUAGAUUGAUCGAAUCUAUAUCCAACUCGACCUAUAACAACCCGAUAUUUAAUAUUCCUUUGGUAUUAAUUUAUCAAAAUUUGGGACAACAUGAAUCUGCAUUGAAACACACCAUGCAGGGUGGAUAUAGAGAUUUCUUUAAGUACGUUCGCAACUAUAAUAUGUGGAAAUUCUGCUUGCCAAACGUAAAAAGAAUUUUCGCAACUUACGGUGACAGUUUUGUAGAAUUUCUGAUCACAGAAAUAGAGCACUUCCCUCCAGAAGACGUCAUACAAAACUAUUUGCAAGACCAAGCUUCGGAUAACACGAACGAAUUAUUAUAUCGUUACAUGAGAGCUUUAAGGUACAAUGAGAUACCAAUUCCUACAAGAUAUAAUAUGCUCCUUAUUUCCCUUUAUCUCAAACAUCGUAGUCCUGAAAGUUUGGACAUUUUGAAAACUUGCAAAUUUGAUGACGCUCAUGACAUCUUGAAAGUCAAAGAAGAUGCACAUACAAAUGGUAUGUAUAGAGAAGAAGCGUAUAUUUUGAUGAAAGGAGGCAGAACUGUCGACGGAUUAAAGAUUCAUUUAGAUUUCAUCAAAGUUCCUGAAGAAGCAGUUGAUUACGCCUUAAGAUGUGGUGAACAGGAUGUUUGGAAGGUAUUACUCCAAAGAUCUCAAGAAGAACCGUUCAGAACUUAUAUGUUAGGAAAUCUGUUGGACUUAAGUAACUAUCUGAAGUUCUUCGAUAGUAUACAAGGUGAUCUGGAUAGCAAGGCAUGGUCUGCUGUUCAAAAUAGCCUCAAUGAGUUCAAGAGACAAAAUAAUAUCCUAAAGUAUAUUGAUCAGAUUGUUUCUCGAGCCGCAUUCGAAAGAUUCGAAACUCAAAGGAAGAAACUCAGACGCGGAAAGAGAAUCAAAAAUUAA